AUGAGAAUUAAAAAUGUUGUUAAUAAUAGUAAUAAUAUUUUUAAUUUUUUUUGUACUGAGUCAGAAACAAAUAUAUUAAAAGACUUUGUUCAUAUUAUUACUUUAAGAGAAAAUAAAAAAAAAAAAAUAUGUUAUAGUUAUAGUAUUGUUGAUGGUUAUAAAUACAGAAUUGUUAUUAAAAAAAAAAAAGAUUAUUUAAACAAUUUAAAACUUCUUAUUUUACCAUUGGACCACCCAAAUAUAAUUAAAUUAAUUCACUACUGUGAAUUAGCUUCUUCAUUUAUUUGUGUAUUUGAGUUUUUCACAGAUACAAGUUUAUAUUCGUCUGUUGUUUUUUCUGCAAGAUAUGAUGAAAGAAAAAUAAAAAAUAUAAUAUAUCAGAUUAUUUUAAUUGUCAACUAUUUACACUCAAAUAAUUUAGCACUUAAAAAACUAAGUCCUUAUAGUUUUCUUGUAAAGUCUGUGAACAAAGAAGUAAUGAUUAAGUUGGAAGAUAUCUAUAAAAUAACAACUAUUUCAACAAAAACUAACUCAAAAAUAAAAAGCAAAAAUGUCUAUAGUAUUGGUGUAAUAAUGUAUUUUUUAGUGUGUGGAGAAUUCCCAUUUUCAUAUUUAGAAAACAACCAAAAAAAAAUUUUUUUUGAUAAGAAAUUAUGGAAAAAUAUUUCAUAUAAAGGUCGAAAUUUUAUUAAAAAAAUUUUACUUAAUGAUUUAAGUUCAAUGAUUACUGUAAAAGAAGCAUUAGAUCAUGAAUGGUUUAAGGAAGAUAUUAAGCAAAAUAUAUACAUAAAUUUUGACAUAUUAAAAAAUAUUUACGACUUUUGGAAAAAAAAUACAUUUAAACGCUACAUAUUGAAUAAUAUUGCUAAAUUUCUAAUAAAAGAAGAUAUAUAUAAUUAUAACUAUAUAUUUUCCUAUUUUGACAUGACAAAAGAAGGCUCAAUAAAAUAUGAGCAAUAUUUUAUAAUAAUGAAAAAACUAGAUCUUGCAGAUGCAAAUAUACAAUUAUCGUUCAAUGGAUUAGAUAUUUCAAAAGCUGGGUUAAUACAAUUUAGUAAUAUUAUAGCUAGUCUCUUAAAUAGCUUUAUAAAAAUUGAUAAAAAAAUUGUUUUAAAAUUUUUUAAGAAAGUAGACCAUAAUAAUGAAGGAGUAUUAACUAAAAGAAAAUUGUAUAGAUUUUUCAACAUAAAAACUAAAAAUGAAAUAAACCUCAAUGAUAAAAAAAAAUUUACAUUUGAGGAAUUCUAUGAUUAUAUAUGCAAAGAAUAA